UAGCUUCAAAGCAUAGAAAGUUUUACUUGUUGUUUUGGUUUAGUUUAGCUCAAGCAUAGAUAAAAUAUAUGUUAUCUCUACGAGCUUAAGCUUACUGUUUGGCAAUAAAAGCUGAUAAUAAUUUCAAUUUUCAUUUUUGACUUCUCAAAAAAUUGGAUAAGUCAAAACGAGAACCUUAUAGAGAAACUCACUGACCCUGAUUUUUUUCAAUCAACGUUCAAUAAUGGAUAUUAAUCGUGAGUUGACUGAGAGGAAUGAUAAUUUCGGUCACGAAAAUAUUGAUAUCAAAAUAGAAAUAGUGAAAGAAGAGAUGAGGGAAGACUCCAUUAUCAAAUGUGAAGCCUGUAAGGAGUUUAUAAGUGGAACGAUCUGCGUUCAUAACAUGAAUUGUUCUAAUGAGGACAUAAAUGAAAUAUUGGAUGACCAGACUAUCACAGCUCAGGAACUUGAAGAUUCCAAAAUCAAGUUUAGUGAUUUAAAAUUCACCCCAGACCAGGAAAGUUGUCUUGAUAGUAAACAGUUCUCGUCAGUUGAUACGGACUUUGUCAAAAGUGAAAUCAAGAGGGAAAUAGAGCCAGGCAACUCAGAGGAUGAAGACGAUGUUUCUUAUGAAAAUUUCAGUGAAAAGAUGACCAAAACAGAGGUUGGUUCAAGGUCUGAACAGGAUUCCUCUGGACAAUCUCAGAAAAAUUUUGAGACUGAUGAAAGAUUAUAUACAGAUGAAAGACCCAUUCAGUGUAAUUUCUGCUUCAAAUCUUUCACUCAUUUUAGUUACUUGAAGAACCACGAGAGACUCCAUAUGACAGAAACAUCACAUAGUUCUACAGUUGAUUCAGGAAGAAAGAAGUAUGAAUGUGAAUUGUGUUCAAAAUCUUUUUUACGCAAUUCUGCCUUGAAAAGGCAUUCUAGAAUUCAUACAGGUGAAAAAUCAUACAAAUGUGAAAUCUGUUCAAAAUCUUUCUUAGAAAGUUCUACCUUGAAGAAGCAUUCUAGAAUUCAUACAGGAGAAAAACCAUAUGAAUGUGAUAUUUGUUCAAAAUCUUUUUUUGAAAGUUUUGACCUAAAAAUGCAUUCUAGAAUUCACACAGGAGAAAAGUCGUAUAAAUGUGAAAUAUGUUUAAAAUCAUUUCUUAAUAGCUCCAAGCUACGAAAUCAUUCUAAAAUUCACACAGGGGAAAAAACAUAUAAAUGUAUGAUCUGUUUAAAAUCUUUUUCUCAUAGAUUUGCCCUAGCGAGGCAUUCCAAUAUUCAUACAGGAGAAAAACUUCAUAAAUGUGAGAUUUGUUCAAAAUCUUUUUAUGAUGCUUCCAACUUGCAGAGGCAUUUGAAAAUUCACACAGGGGAUAAACCAUAUAAAUGUGAAAUCUGUUCAAAAUCUUUUCCCAAUAGUUCUGACUUGCAAAAGCAUUCUAUAACUCAUUCAGAAAAAACAUAUAAGUGCAAAAUUUGUUCAAAAUCAUUUUUCUAUAGUUACGGUCUGGCAAGGCAUUCCAAAAUCCACACGGGGGAAAAACCAUAUAAAUGUGAAAUCUGUUCAAAAUCUUUUUCUAAUAAAUCUGACUUUCGAACGCAUUCUGUAAUUCGCGGACAAAAAAAAUAUAAAUGUUCAAUCUGUUCAAAAUCCUUUUUCUAUAGUUCUUGCCUACAGAGGCAUUUAAAAAUUCACUCGAAGGAUAAACCAUAUAAAUAUUUUGGGACUAAAGAAAGACUACAUACAGAAGAAAAACCCAUUCAGUGUAACUUUUGCUCCAGAUCAUUCACUCACUUUAGGUUCUUGAAGAACCACGAAAGAAAUCAUAAGACAGAAGCAUCACAUAAUUCUACAAUUGAUUUAGAAAAGAAAAGUUAUGAAUGUGAAACCUGUUUAAAAACAUUUUCUGAUAGUUCUGCUUUGGAAGUGCACUCCAUAAUUCACACAGAUCAGAAAUCCUAUAAGUGCGAAAUCUGUUCGAAAUUGUUUUGUGAUAGGUCUGCCUUGGAUGUUCAUUUGAGGAUUCACUCGAGGAAAAAAACUAAUAGAUGUGAAAUAUGUUUUAAAACAUUUUGCGAUAGUUAUAGCCUAGCAAGGCACUUCAAAAUUCACACAGGAGAAAAACCUCAUAAAUGUGAAGUUUGUUCAAAACUUUUUUCUGAUGUUUCCAACUUACAGAGGCAUUUGAAAAUUCACGCAAGAGAUCCAUCAUAUCCAUCAUACAAAUGCAAAAUUUGUUCAAAAGUGUUUCUUGGUGGUUCUGACUUACAGAGGCAUUUAAAAAUUCAUGCAAGAGAUCCGUCAUACAAAUGCAAAAUCUGUUCAAAUGUGUUUCUUGAUGAUUCCGACUUGCAGACACAUUUAAAAAUUCACGCCAAAGAUACAUCAUAUAAAUGCAAAAUAUGCUCAAAAUCAUUUUCUGAUCGUUAUGGCUUAGCAAGGCAUUUCAAAAUUCACUCAGGGGAAAAAUUUCGUGAAUGUGAAAUCUGUUCAAAACUUUUUUCUGAUGUUUCCAACUUCAAGAGGCAUUUGAGAAUUCACACAGGAGAUAAACGAUACAAAUGCAAAAUCUGUUCAAAAUCUUUUUCCGAUAGAUCUUCCUUCAUUGUGCAUUUGAGAACUCACACAGGUGAAAAACUAUUUGAAUGCAAAGUCUGUUCACAAUCCUUCUCGCAUAAAGAUGUUUUGACAAGGCACUCCAAAAUUCACACAAGAUUAAAAUCAUAG